UACCACAGGAUGAAUGCACUUAUGGACAGGUUCAGUGGGGAGAACUUCACAAUUCUGGCAUUCUCAUGCAAUCAGUUUGGACUACAGGCACCAGAGGAGAAUCACGAGACUCUGGACGUCCUGCGGUGUGUCAGACCUGGCGGCGGUUUCAUCCCAAAGUUCCCCAUGUUCUGUAAAAUCGAGGUUAAUGGGCUGAAUGAGGAGCCACUGUACUCUUUCCUAAAGGAGACUCUGCAUUCUAUGAACCCUGUUGUUGGAGACAUCAGAAAACUCUACUGGUCUCCGAUUAAAGUCAACGACAUCCGCUGGAACUUUGAAAAAUUUCUUAUCACUGCAGAUGGUUUGCCAUACAGACGAUAUGACCCCAAUCAACCCUUUGAAGAGGUGGAGAAAGACGUAGCUGCACUCCUGUAAAUCCUCAACCUCUUUUAUGUCUCAACUGACCUUGGAUAAGUCUCUGUAAACACAACUUUAUAAAUAGUAAUAGAUUUCAUUAUUACAUGUGUAAUAUACAGUACAAAAACUCACUGACUAUAAAUCAGAAUUACUUAAUUCACAAUCCACAUUCCUGGUGAUUUGAUUCAACAUAUCAAUAAAGGAACAAGAAUGUGGGUUGUAAAUUAAGUAAUUCACUCAAUCUGACUUUUUCAGCCAUAAUUGUUUUUUCCCCAAACUGUUUUAACAGAGCUGGAUGCACAUAAUUGUGCUUGAUAUGUAAUAGCAUAACAUUUUCCCUUCACCUGAACUGUAGAUACAUACCUGUUCCAGCAAAACAA